AUGAACAUGGAGCUCAAGGCUCUUGAGCUUGGCUCGCUUCAGGUUGGCAGCUCAUUGAGCAUGUGUCAUGUCGGCAGCGUGGUACCCGGCCGCGAAGCAGGCGAAUUGUUACGCAUCAGAGAUGCAAAGGUGUUCGUGAGCUCGGCUGGAGAACGCAAGGAUGAGGCACAGUGCCCUCCGACGUCUUGGCAAGACGUGGCCUCGCUGAGGUGCUUUCGAGAACGGGGGUGUGGCGUACACAUGGGUACGGAGUAA